GCUUUAUUAGCUGCCAUCUUCAAAAUCAACAAGUCGAGUUUAUUACAAUCUAUUGUUUGAACGUCUUUGGUCUAACAAGCAAGGCGUGACAACAACGUAACUUGCCUUUCUCAUUUAAUAUAAUUUAAAAUGGCUCCUGGGCAGAAGAUGUAUCCGAGGGCGACGGUGAAGAAGAUUGUGAAAGCGCAUUCUAACUGCAACGUUAGCAAGAACGUCGAUGUCAUGAUAUUCCUCGACUACGUACUCUUCAUGCAAACACUCAUGAAAGAGGCGGCUAUUGACGGGAAACAAGCUGGCGAAAGGGGAAUAAGUGCUAGGAGCGUGAAGAAAGCCACUGCGGAUACCCUGGCCAAGUUUAAAGGGUGAAAUAGAACGAGCUUACCAAGCAUUGUCGGAACUAUGGUGGCCAGCCUUGAUACAUGUAUAUCAUAAGCCAGCCAAUGAGGAUGUUUAGCGUAUUCCGAGCCUAGACAUAGUUGAGUUGUCUCACCUCGAUCCUCGAUCCUCGAUCAAGCGCGCCUUGCGCGAGGUAACGAGUGGGUGGAUACAUCAGGCUUCUCCGGGUCGGACUCGGUCGAAGUCGCUGGUGGUAUUGGUAUUGGUAUUGGUAUAGCGCAUAGAUCGUGUACGCUCAGCCUUGCUUACUGCCUAGCACACAGGUACAAGGCUUUCAAGCAUGAUGUUUAUUGAAGAUACAAAACACGACCAUACUCAGGCUGCCAGGCUGGUUAUCCAGAUACAUGGAAAUCUACCUAGACCUAAGGAUAGGGAUGACUAGGUAAUUAUACAGAAACGGAUCAAUAAUAGAAGAGGCAUUAACUAAAUAAAAUGUGAAACGUUGUGCAGUAUAAGCUAAACUACCUAAGGUACUAAAGAU